UUCCUGCUCUGGAGUAACAAGGAGCGGGUCAAUGGCAGACGAGAGAGAGUUGUUGGGUUCUCUCGUAGCUCUGGACUACAAAAGGAGGAGGAACGUUUGGAUUUGCUUCUCUGAGAAUUGUAGAUGAGAGAGAUGGGCGACGAGACUGGAAGCGAGUUCAAGCAGAUUUGCGUCUUCUGCGGAAGCAACUCCGACAACCGAACCGUCUUCAGCGAUGCGGCUGUGGAGCUGGGCCGUGAACUGGUGAAGAAGAGAAUCAAUUUAGUUUAUGGAGGUGGAAGCGUGGGAUUAAUGGGGCUGAUUUCUCAGACAGUUUAUGAUGGUGGAUGUCAUGUUCUUGGGGUGAUUCCUAAAGCUCUUGUUCCAAUUGAGAUUUCAGGGGAAACAGUAGGUGAGGUAAAGGUAGUUUCUAAUAUGCAUGAGAGAAAAGCUGUGAUGGCUGGACAAGCUGAUACAUUCAUUGCACUUCCUGGAGGAUAUGGAACAAUGGAAGAGGUGAUGGAGAUGAUAACAUGGUCACAACUUGGAAUUCAUAAUAAACUAGUUGGUUUGUUAAAUGUUGAUGGCUACUACAAUUCCUUGCUCGAACUAUUUGACAAUGGUGUGAGAGAAGGUUUUAUUAAGCCGGCUUCUAGGCACAUCGUUAUUUCUUCUCCGAAUGCAACUGAAUUGCUUGCGAAAAUGGAGCUAUACACUCCCUUGCACCAAGAGGUUGUUCCGAGGCAGAGCUGGGAGGUUAUGAAUUUAUGA